AUGGGUUUAAAAGCUUCAAAGCCAAAACUUUCUAAAGAGGAUCUCGAAUUUUUGAAGCGCAAUACCAAUUUCACGGAAGAGCAAAUCAAAGAAUGGUAUAAAGGUUUUGUUCAAGACUGUCCGAAGGGGCAUUUGACAAAGGAACAGUUUAUUAAAGUUUAUAAGGAUUUCUUCCCGUCCGGAAGUGCUGAAGGUUUCUGUGAACAUGUUUUCCGGACAUUCGAUACCGACAAUAGUGGCUAUAUAGACUUCAAAGAAUUUCUUUUGGCAAUAAAUGUCACCAGUUCUGGAACACCAGAACAAAAGUUAGAAUGGGCUUUCAGAAUGUACGACAUUGAUGGUAACGGGACAAUUGACGAAAAAGAAAUGAUUAAAAUUAUUGAGGCAAUCUAUGAAAUGCUUGGACCUGAAGUAACAAAAUCGGCAGAUGACUCGCCAAGAAAGAGAGCGAAGAUGAUUUUUGAAAAGAUGGAUGUUAAUAACGAUAAGGAGUUGACUUUGAAGGAAUUUGUGGAUGGGUGUCUUGCAGACAAGGAAUUGUUCCAGAUAUUGACUAAUGAAGUUAAGAAAUGA